AUGUAUAACACUUCACUAGAUAAUCCAAAAAUCCAACUGUAUCUCGAUCCAAGGUAUCGAUUAGUUGUCCCUUUGGCAGCAGUUUUUGGAACGAAAUCCGAAAAUGGAUCGUUAACAGGAAUCGUUGGACAAUUGCAAAGAAAGGAAGCUGACGUUUCUAUUAAUCCAUUAUACGUAACUUUUGAAUAUAUCGGUAGUAUCGACUAUUCAUCGCAAAUUUCAUUUGUUUAUGUAAAAUUUAUAACUAAAGUACCCGAAGAGAAAUCUAACUGGAGUUCAAUUGUUCGACCUUUCCAAAUUCAAAUUUGGUUACUGAUAUUUGGGAGUUUUUUGGUUUUUGGAUUAGUAUUAAAUAAAAUAAUAAAUUUAGAAGAUGCAGAUUUACAGCCACAAAUGUCACCUAGUAAUGUUUACUGGUUUCUCUUCGGAAUUUUCGUUUAUCAAGGAGGAAAUAUACGUAAUGUUAAUAGAAUUCGAUCUAGAUUUUUAAUUGGAAUUUGGUUAUCGUCAAUUAUAAUUUUAGUAUCCUGUUAUACGGGAACGUUGAAAUCAUUUAUGACUUCCACCGUGAUCGAAACAUUACCAACCACCGUCGAUGAACUAGCGAAAGCCGUCCAGAAAGGAGAAUAUUCAUGUGGAACCAUGAAUAAAAGUCUUAUACAUAAAUUUUUAAAGGAAUCACCUCUAUCAAGCAUGAAAAUUUUGGGUAAUCAUAUCAUAAAAAAUAAGCAUUUCUUUGGUGAAACGGAAGCAUGGAAUAAAGUCAUCACCAGUCGUUUUGCUUUGAUCGGCAGCACAAACUUAUUCGAAAAGUUCGCUGGAAUGUAUGGUUCUAAUAAAUUUGUCGUCUCUGUAGAUUACAUCACUAAAUUUGAUAUAGCCUAUGCAUUCAAGAAAGAUUUUUCGUAUAGAAAUAAGUUUAGUAAGAUAGUAACUAGAUUAUUUGAUGCAGGAAUUAUUACUAAAGAUGAGCAUAAAAAACAAUCGAGUUUUAAUAGAGAAAAUUCUGAAGCAAGUUCUCUUACUUUGAGUGAUAAAAUUGAAGGUUUUGGAUAUUAA